AUGAUGAUAAUUUUAUUAGAUCAUAAAUAGGUUUGAGAUUGAAAGCUCAUACAACCCUUGGAGAGGCGCGAGUUGAAAUCCACAAUAUAACAAGGGAAAUUGGUGCAUGCUUCAAAUGGACAAGGAGAUCAGCCAAUGGUUUAGCUGACACGUUGGCUAAACAAGGGAUUGUGAGGGAGAGUAUGAUCUGGGCAGUUUUGUAAGAAUGAUUACUGGGGGCUCAACACCUACUUAGAAGUUGACAGCUGUACUUAAAUCUGGAAAGUUAUUUAAUGAAGUUACCGUUUCCAAUAAAAAAAGUUGCAGCCUCCCCCAACAAAUUACAAGGAAAAUAAAGAACAACACAAAUCACAAUUGAGCCCAGAAAAGGUCUUCCCUGUUUGUCCCUUGCUUGGCUAACACAUCUGCCAAAGCAUUUGCUGAUCUCCCCACCCACUGAAUAGAAGUAGAUAUAUUCUUUAUCAGUCAUUUGAACUUCUUGAUUUCAUUUGUGACGAGGCAAGAAAAAAAAUAAAUGUGUGAAUGUAUUCUGUUUUGUAUGUUUUUCUUGUAGUAGGAUCCCAAAUUGUUGUUUUAGGGUAGCUUUGUUGCCAGUUUGGAACCAAGGGAUAUUUUCGUCAUUUUAUAAGUUAGACUUUUGGUUGGGGGCGGUUGGGUGCAUAUCUGUUGGGUUUUGGUCUCUUGAGUCUUUUUGUAACAAAAGUUAUCUUUUGAGGGUUCAUUUGAAGUUUGUUUGUUCUUAAGGUUCAGUUUGGAAGGAGUAGAAAUGCAAAUACAUACAAAAUAAUACAAAAUAUAAGGCUUUGCACUCUACAUCUUUGCAUUUGUACUCCUUCAAAAUUGAGCCUAAGGAGUUGCUUGUGAGAGGGAAACAUUCUAGGGGCUUAUGUGUAAAUAUUUUAACUGGCUUGCUGGAGUGAGUCUUAUAAAAGAGAAGGGGGCUGUUUCUGUAGGGGUCUUUUUUGGUUCUUCCUCUCUUGUUUGAGCUGUAGCUCAGGCCCAACUAGGGUUUUCAAGCAUUGGGAGCUUGGGUUUUGAGGAGUCAACCCAUUUUGGCACCUUCCAAUCCCUCCAUUGCUGCGUGUCCACGCGGGAGGCCAGCUUGCUGCCAUUGUUAUUGUAGCGGAACUGUUCCAGGAGGAGUUUUACUUCAGGUUCAGGUUUUCCCUAGUUUCUAGCAUGGAAUCGGUGGAAAGAGUUGGGAGUGAGGAGAAAGAAGCUCAUCAAAUGUGGACCCUUUGCUUGCAUGCUUCCUCAGAUUUAUCCCGUGUUUCACCAGCUGUAUUUGUGUACCUUCUUAAAGAAUGUUAUGCCCAUGGUACAUGCAAGGCAACGAUGAAGUUUCAAGUUCUUCAGCAACAAGUCCACAAAAUGCUGCAUAAUGAUCCUUACCCUGGACCUGCCACUUUUGUUGUUCAAUGUCUCUAUGUCAUACCCUUACUAGGACCUCCAUAUACUGAAGGCUUCAGUCACCUGGUGGUAUCUGCUCUUCGGCGGUUGCAAAUUGGACAAUCCAUCCCAAUAGAUCUUUCUGAAGCAAAGAAUCUGGCAGCGCAGUUAUUUAUCAAUGUGGUUGCUGGCUUGAUCAUCCACGAGGACAGGAUCAUUGUAAAGCUGCUUGAAAAUUUUGAUGUUAGGUUGGAAGACAUUGCAAGAGUUAUAUGUGGUGGAUCAGAACUGAGUGGUGGUAGUUUGGACACAGCAAGGGCAUGUAUUGAACAAUACAUAUGUGGAUUGAUAAAAUCUAAAUCUUAUAUGACAGCUGUGAACCUCUCAGAACGCUUCUCCAUCUGCCAAUCUAGCCAAUGUUUUUUAGACUUGAUGCUGGAAGGCAACCAAUUCAAAGCAGCAGAAAAGUGGGCAGCAUUUAUGGGAAAGCCAAUGUUAUCUAUACUUGUCCAAAAAUAUAUUGACAUGAAAAUGCUAAAGAAUGCUUAUGAGAUUAUAAAGAAUAACAAUCUUCAGCAGGAAUUUCCACAUGUAUACCAUAUGUACAAAGAGAGUACACUAAAGAAGUUAGCGGAGAAAGGAUGUUGGGAUAUUGCCGAGACAAGGACUAACAAAGAUAUUCAACUUGUUCAAUACCUGGUGUAUUUGGCAAUGGAAGCGGGCUACUCAGAGAAGGUUGAUGAAUUAUGUGAGAGAUACUCCCUUCAAAGUCCUAUGAAAAAAGAUCUCGAAACAAUUUCUGUGCAGACUCAUUAUUUACAUCUUAAUGAGUUAACUUUGGAAGAUGUUAUAUGGGUUGAUGAAAUUGAUGGUUUGCUUAAUGCCACAUCCCAUAUUGAAGAAUGUAAAGUUGUUGGCAUUGAUUGUGAGUGGAAGCCUAAUUAUGAAAAGGGCAGCAAACCAAAUAAGGUCUCCAUCAUGCAAAUUGCUUCUGAAAAGAUGGUUUUCAUCAUUGAUCUAAUAAAGUUGUUCAAAGACGAUGCCAAAAUUUUAGAUCACUGCCUAAAGUGCAUUUUACAUUCACCAAACAUUUUGAAGCUUGGUUAUAAUUUUCAGUGUGAUAUAAAGCAGCUGGCUCAUUCCUACGAGGAGCUAGAGUGUUUCAAGCAUUAUGAAAUGCUAUUAGAUCUACAAAAUGUAUUCAAAGAACCUUGUGGUGGUUUAUCUGGGCUUGCCAAGAAAACAUUGGGGGCUGGUUUGAACAAAACAAGACGUAACAGCAAUUGGGAGCAACGGCCUUUGACUCAAAAUCAAUUAGAAUAUGCAGCUCUUGAUGCUGCUGUGCUUAUUCACAUAUUCCACCACGUCCUUGGUCAAUCUCAGCCAACAAGUGUCAAAGAGGGCCAGGUCAAAAACGAAUGGAAAUCCUAUAUAGUUUCCCACAUGGAUAACACAAAGAAGGCCAAGAAUACAUAUACAUAUAAAAAGAGAAAGGAAUUCAGAAGGAAGGACACGCCUUCUCAAUCCAAAUAAUGCCAGCUCACUUUUUUUCAUAGCCUUUGAUUUCUACAAUCUUCAUCUGUAUAUGUUCUUUAUUUAAUUAGUGAACAACCACAGUGAAUCUAUGUAAAUAUCCCUCGUUCCUAAACUGGAUCCAUUUUACUCGAGAAAAAAAGGGAAAAAAAAUCUGAUUUUGCAUUGCCUCUGGGAGCAAGGCUUGGCUG